GAAGCAUUUUGUAUCGCAUUUUUUACCAUAAUUCCAUAACUGAUAACGAAUUUUAGCUCUACCAGUUCUAAGAAAGUUACGGGGUUAUAAAUCACAAGUAUGAUCAGUUUCCAAUUGCUGUAGUUUUUCACUGUUAUGAAUGUUUUUAGUUGAGAAAUCAGUGGCGCGCGAGAUAUGGAUUCUGCACUAUCGCCGCCGAAAGGUCCGCUGCAGCGGUCCACCACUCGAUGGUUGGCGGACAUCUGCAACCGCACAACGAACCAUUCGCCUCUUCCCCUGAUAUGGAUUUUUCAGAGUGUCUUCGGCAUUUCUUCUGUAAGCUGGCUAUCAUUAUCCGGGGCCCAGGUUGCUGCUGAAAUUGAAGAACGCAAGUUUCGCGCGCGUCAUCUUCCCAAACUCCAUCACAUCCUCGGGCGACUGGUUUUCGUUUGGAUAAUCAUGGAAAUGUUGAGGCAUUCAGUGUUGUGGUUUCUUGUUAAUUUUGUGGAUCCUCAGAGCAGAUUUUUUACCUACAUUUCAAGUCGGACUUUAUUUUAUGUGGCGUAUGGAUUCGUAAUUGUAGUCGGGAUUCUCGUACUCACGGAAAUUGUUCGGUAUUCCUAUAUUGGCGUGCUCCAAGUUCCUUUGAACAUUCUCCAAACGUACCAAGCCGAGCAUCUCGCCAACACCAGCAUGUUCAGCGUUGCGCGAGCCCAGCAAGAGGAUCCGCGAGAUAAAUUUGCUCGAAAUCUCCGUUUGCGACAAUCAGUGAAGCAAGAGCCCGAUCAGCUAGCGGAUUUAAGUUUUUCCCAGUUUAGCGCAAAUGACAACAACAACUACAUUCGCACGCCAUAUUCAGACAAUUCACCAUUCCAGCGUCAGAUGUCGGGUGGAUUCGGGCGUUCGAGUCCGCGGCGACAUAUGAACGACAGUCUGAACAAGUCGCUUAAUCGUUCUUUCGGGUCGAGUCAUUCUUCCGGAUCAAAUACAUCGAGCCCUUCCUGUUUGUUUGCGGCAGUGGACUGGGAUCCAGUUGAUCGUGAUGAAAUUGAAAAUUUUUGUGGCCAAGCGGCGCUCGAUAAAUUAUUGGCUCAGGAGCAGCUAUUCGAAAAACAGCGACUUACGAUGUUGGAAGAUGAGAGCAUGAACUGGAGUCCGCAGAUACAGUCGUUGCGAGAUCAAAAUUAUCAGACAUCGAGCUCCUUUCACAUCCCCUCUCCGAAAAAAAGCAAGAAGACCGGGACGCCGGACAUUGAUGAGCCGAUGGAAAGGUUGACCCGACUGAAAGGUGACGAUAAAGUUUAUCCUUUAGAAGACCUCUCCUGGAUUCAGUUGAAAGUUUCGGUGGAAACGCUUCAUUUCUGGACUGAAAACUUGCGCAUGUGGAUCGCUGAUACUGUGAUAUCGCCGUUGCUCGUGAGAAUCGACGAAGUUAAUCGCAAGCUACAUGAAAGGAUGCAUACGGAAAAUGUUGUUGGGGAAUCUUCUACGCCUGAUUCGUUACGUCAAACAGCAGACAAACAUCGCCAGAAUAUUCCUGAGCUAUUGCAGAUCAUUCCAUUUUUGGACAUCAGCAUGCAACAGGAUUAUGUUAUUAAACGUCUUAAAGAACUAGUGAAAGAUGGAAUAUUGGGCGAUUAUUCUUGGAACUCAGGUUCUUCUUACGGCGGUCAACCUUGGCAGGAUUUUCUUCCAACUGAUGCCGCUUUGGUAAUGCAUUGCUUCAUAACGUUUUUGGAUGUCAUCCUGCCACCCGAUCCCCAUGCAGCUAAUUGGCGAAGCUUUUCUCAUCGUUAUGUGCUUCGGAGUUUGGGCUCUUGGAAAGCAGAGGAUCCGCAUAAACCAAGUAUACACCAGGCGGUGUCCAAUCCACCGAAAUAUGAAAUUUUGUAUGGAGGCCAGUUGCUGCAGGUAGCAGAGGGGAAAAAUAACGUGUUUCACACAAUCCUGUUAUUCGCGCGUCUGAUGCAACUUCGUGAAAAAAACGGACAAGGAUAUGCUAACCUUGGACCGGGACGAAUAAUUUUCCGUGUCUUUGAUACCUAUAAAUGAUGAAAGACGGCGACUCAUAUUCUCUCCUCUGGAUCUCGAACUGAUGUUGAUGCAUUACUUGAUUCUAAACUAGUACUGGUGGCCACCUUUUGAAGUUAACUAAUUACUAUUUUAGGACUCGUAGUGGGAUUUGUGAGACAUUUAAUUUUGUUUUGUUUUAAUCGACCUUUGAAAAUUUGAAAUCUCCCGCUUUGCCUACGUAUUUUGUUGUUGUUGUCUAGUGUCUUUUAUAUCUUUUAGGGAAAGUCAGCAUUGUAAAGCAGCAGGCCUGUAUAGUAACUCAUAAAAGGUGGGCAUUACUAUGAAUGUAUUAUUAAAAUGGGAUC